AUGUUCUCCUCAACAUUACUGGCGCUCAUCAGCGCAGCAACACUAUCAUCAGCACACACCGUCCUCACAUAUCCCGGAUGGAGGGGUGACAACCUGAUCACCAACGACUCAUUCCCCUUCGGCAUGCAAUGGAUGUACCCAUGCGGCGGCUACCCAACGACAACAAACCGCACCUACUGGCCCACGACGGGCGGCGCCCUCGCCUUCCAGCCGGGCUGGUUCCAGGGCCACGCCACGGCCUUCCUCUACGUCAACAUGGGCUUCGGCACCGACGGCCCGGACAAUGGCCCCUGGAACAUGAGCUUCCCCAUGGUCCCGCCCUUCCAGAUCCUCGGCCCCAGCAAGAACCCCUACCCGGGCACCGUCUGCCUGCCUCAGGUGCCGCUUCCGGCCAACACCACCGUCCAGCCCGGCGACAACGCCACCAUCCAGGUCGUUGAGCUGGCCGUUCACGGCGCGUCGCUGUUUUCCUGCGUCGACAUCACCUUCGUCGAGCCCGGCGACGAGCGCCUCGAGGUCGUCAACGAGACCAACUGCUUCAACAGCAACGACAUCGGCUUCGCCGACGUCUACACCAUCGUCACCCGCGAGGUCGACGCCGACCCGGACAUCUCCGCGCGCACGUCCGGCGCCGCCGAGGCCAUCGAGACCGUCUUCUGGUACUUUGGCCGCCACGGCGGCAGGGGCACCUCCGUGUGGAACCUUGUCGGCCUCGCGCCCGUCGCGCUGGGGCUGGCCUGGGCGCUGUUCUGA